AUGGGUGUCUUUGGCGAAAAAUCCCAAACGGGAUCUAGGAGUUUUAAACAAUUCCAACUAAGUUCGCUGUCUACAGGUUUUCUUAUUUUUAUAUCGGCUGGCAUGGGCUUGGCACAAAGUGCUGGUUGGUCGGAUCACCAUGUGCCGGUACAACAUCUUCACUUUUAUUAUAGUUGGCUAAUUGCAGUGAUUAUGGGUGCAUUACUUUCCCUACCUCUGAGAAACAUACUGCCCAGGAAGUUUUUAAUGGGUAUCUCAUCGGUUUUCAUUCUAGCUGGUGGCAUCAUCUUUGUUAGUCUCUCCCAUAAUGUGGAUGCUUUGAUUGCUAGUCGCUAUCUAAAUGGAGUAGCCAUAGGCCUAAUGACCGUACCAUAUCUCAUGCAUGCCAGUGAAAUAUCACCUGAUAAUUGUCGUGGUCUUGCCACUGGCCUGGAGCAAUUUGCUGUUACUGUGGGUAUGGCUAUUCAAACUAUAGCCUCUAGCCAAUGGAAUGCCAAAUCCUGCUUUACUGUCAACUGUUUCCAUGGCAUUAUGGAUACAAUACUGGCCGUAUUAUCCUUGGCUUCGCUAUACUAUUUCAUAGAAUCUCCCGUGGAUUUUCUACGCUUUGGAGAUGAUGCCGCAGCUUUGGAUUGUUUGGCCGCGUUACAAAGGCCCCAAGGAGCUACAAUGGCCACGCACAGACGCCUUGUGGAACUUAAGGAUUAUGUGCUAGAACAUAGUAAUUUGUCCAUUAUGGAAAGCUUGAAACGUAGUUCCCUACCCUUGGUGAAAAUGAUUUUAUAUCGCAGUACCAUCUUAGCUUUUACCUCCUCCAUGGUGCUAACAGUGGUAGCGAAUAUCGCCGUAAGAGUGAAUGGAGCCACCUGGUCACCAGUACUGGGGGCUCUCCUACACAUUUUUGGCAGCUGUUUAACUUUGGCAGUUGUGGAUAAAUUGGGUCGUAAGAUACCAUCGAUUAUAUGGAUUCUUUGUAUGGGAGCACUUCUGAUGCCCGCAGCUGUUAUCAUGGGUUAUCUGGAAAACGUAUUGAAUGUGGCCAAGAUGCGAACGAUUACCUCAAUUUGGUUGUCCAUACAAUUGUUUGCUGGUCUAUUUGCUGCCAAUACCUCGACUUAUGUGAGCGAAGCUUUCCCUUUGAGAACCAAAUCUUAUUGCAUGACCCUAUGUGUCAUUGUGGAACAAAUUAUUCGUAUCAUCAUUAUAGCUAGGGCCGACUAUUACGGCAGUGACAUCAGUCUUAUGGCUAUGAGUAUCAUAGCCAUGAUAGCGGGGGCCUGUCUACUAGUGAUGCUGCCCGAAACAAGGAAGACUACUCUGAAGGAGGCCCAAGACAGUUUAAGGUUUUUCUUUAAUUUUGGUAGGCAAGACUAA